AUGGAGCUCACCACCAUCUGUCUCACUGUUCUUAUCAUAAGUUUCCUUCUGAUUGGAAACUCACCAAUAGAGAUGCCACGAGAAGCCUGGGGCUAUACUCUUGCUACGGUAUUCUUUGCCGCUAUAGGAGGCGCAUCAUUCUUUGGCCAGAUCAUCCAUACGGCCCUUCCAGAGCUUCAGAAAACACAUGACAACCCUGAGGACUACUUUGAGCAUAUAUAA